AUGGCGUUGCCGACCAAAUCUAGCAUCUUGGACCUGAGCUCCAGCCCACAAUGCACCAGCUCCCCAGAGGAAAGCCACGAGGCUUGGGCACAAUGCAGAGAUGCUGGCAGGCAGCUACCGGAGUACAAGGCGGUGGUGGUAGGUGCAAGCGGUGUUGGAAAAAGUGCUCUCACGAUCCAGAUGACUCACCACUGCUUCGUCAAAGAUCACGACCCCACGAUCCAGGAUUCCUAUUGGAAAGAAGAGGCCCUGGACGACGGCGGGGGCUACAUUCUAAAUGUGCUGGAUACAGCCGGCCAGGAUAUCCACCGGGCUCUGCGUGACCAGUGCUUGGCAGUGGGUGAUGGCGUGCUGGGCGUCUUUGCUCUUGAUGACCCCUCGUCUCUGGACCAGCUGCAGCAGAUAUGGUCCACCUGGAAGCCUCACCGCAAGCAGCCUCUGGUACUAGUAGGCAACAAGUGUGACCUGGGAAGCACUACUGGCGAUGUUUAUGCCGCCGCCACAGUCCUUGCUCACAAGUUAGGAGCCCCCUUAGUGAAGACCUCAGCCAAAACGCGGCAAGGCGUAGAGGAAGCCUUUGCCCUGCUUGUCCGCGAGAUUCAGAGGGCCCAGGAGGCUGGGGCGGAGUCAAGCAAGAAGACCAGACGCCACAAAGCCGUGUGUAGCUGUGGCUGCUCUAUAGUCUGA